AUGAGGCUAUUCCUCUUCUCUCUCUUAUUCAUAUCAGUCGAAGCAAAUGUGGUUUCAUUGCCAUCAAACAUAACCCAGAAACCUAUUCGGUCCAGCGGCUUUCACAUUAGGGGUUCCACCAUUCUGAGUGGUCAGACCCUCGCCCCGUUGACCCAAGCAUUGAUUCAAGCGACCGACCUUACUCUCGAGACCUUCAAUCUGACUGGCACUGCCUCAAUCAUCCCAGGCCAUUCUCUCGACUUAAAAGACACAGAGAUCGCUUUUAUAUCCUGCGAUCAGGACGACUACAACGAGGGUUAUCUCGGGGUCGGCCAAACAAUUGAAUACGUCACCUUAGCUCAUCCAGCGGCCGUGAUUCUCUAUAGCAAAUCAGCAACACACUGCAACUUCACGUCCGAUGCCCAGACAGCUGAUCGAUUCCCCAAUAUCUUCACCUUCCAACGACGAGGCGGCUAUUCGGCACUCCGGCGUGCUCUCGAUCAAUCCAAUCCAUUCAGUCCAUUCAUCAGUAUCGUCUCAAUGUCUUUAGUAACUGGCGGUACUGACACUGAGGAUACCGGAGCUUCCGGUGACAAUCCCAACACCGCCAUGAUCAUCCUUUACAGCAUCACGGGAGUUAUCACGGCUCUGUUCCUGGGUAUCAUUAUCACGGGUGCGAUCCGAGCUCAUCGCCAUCCCGAACGAUAUGGCCCUCGCCGCAUUGCCGGACGAGUGCGACAGAGCCGAGCCCGAGGUAUAGCUCGAGCGAUGCUGGAUACUAUUCCAAUUGUAAAGUUUGACGAGAGGAACGACGAUGUCGAAGCCGCCAAACGAGAUGUCGAGAUGUCUAUGGGUUCUGAAGAUCCCACUCGCGAGCACUCAACAGCCGAGGGCGAUGGGACCGCUACCGUUUCAACCGCUCCAGAGUCUGAAUUGCCCACCACAGACGAGGACGAACGCCCCACCCCCACAGGCCCAGAAGCUAGGGCGGAAACCGUACCCGAUGCAGGCCACCCUUCAUGUCCGAUUUGCACAGACGAUUUCGUCAAGGGCCAAGACCUACGUGUACUGCCCUGCAAUCACCAAUUCCAUGUAGAAUGCAUUGACCCCUGGCUGAUGAACGUCUCUGGCACCUGUCCCCUUUGCCGCAUUGACCUCAACCCACCUCAAUCCGAAACCACAGAGCAAACCGAUGAUCACGCCGAACACAUUGAACAAGCCACCGAAGGCGGAGCAACCCCGCCCACGGAAGAAGCCCGCCAACAAGCCCGUCAGCAAGCCCGCCACACGCACCGCCGUCUCACCAACUACUUGCACGGCCCGUUGAACGCGCGUCGCAUGCGCGACGCCACGGUGGAAGAGCGUCUCGCCGCUCUACGUCGCGUCCGUGAAGCAAACCAAGGCGAGUCUGCUGUCGCCGAAGAAGGUGCCCGACGCAGUCUAGCCGCCCGACUUCGCAACCGCUUCCGUAUCCGAACACGCGCUCACGGCUCCGAGGCUGAGUCUUCCGCUGACGCCGAAACUGCUACGCCCGCGCCGGCGGCUCCCGCUCCCGCCCAUCUUACGCAAUCUAGUUCAUGA